AAGUUUCUACGUGUGCACUUUCGCGACAAUCCAGGAAGCGUUUUACUAACAGUUACAGAGACGAAAGGCAAAGCUGUUCUGUUUCGAGAGGGAUUCAAACAAUAUCAGGCACCAUGCUGCCGACCACCCUGCCACACAUUAACGGCGACCCGAGCGACAGGGACGCUGCACGUCACACAGCAGGCGCCAAGCGCUACAAAUACCUGCGGCGACUGCUCCAUUUCAGACAUAUGGAUUUUGAGUUCGCCAUCUGGCAGAUGCUUUACCUGUUCACGUCGCCGCAGAGGGUCUACCGCAACUUCCACUACAGGAAACAGACCAAGGACCAGUGGGCCAGAGAUGAUCCUGCAUUUCUGGUCCUUCUCAGCAUCUGGCUGUGUGUCUCAACGAUAGGCUUUGGUCUUGUUCUGGACAUGGGGGUAGUGGAUACCCUGAAACUGCUGCUGUGGGUGGUCUUUGUUGACUGCAUAGGUGUUGGUCUGCUCAUAUCAACCCUCAUGUGGGUUAUCAGCAACAAAUACCUGCUGAAACACCCAAGCAAAAACUUUGACGUCGAGUGGGGCUAUGCAUUCGAUGUUCAUCUAAAUGCUUUCUACCCACUUCUGGUCAUCCUGCAUUUUCUGCAGCUUUUCUUUAUCAACCAUGUUGUGGUAAUAAACUCAGAUUGGUUCGUGGGUUACUUUGUUGGAAACACUUUGUGGCUCAUUGCCAUCAGUUAUUACCUCUACAUAACCUUCCUGGGUUACAACGCUCUACCCUUCCUGACGAACACCGUGGUGCUCCUCUACCCCUUCGCUCUGCUCGGCCUCAUCUACAUCCUCUCUUUAUCUCUGGGCUGGAACUUCACCUACGGCCUCUGCUGGUUUUAUAAAUACAGAGUCAAAUAGGAGGCUUUUUAAUUUGAAAUCGGAUGCUAGCUGGCUCCGGCGCAGACUUGAACACAAAAAUAAAAAGACUUCCACUUUCAUCUGUGUGAUGAAGAAUCUGUUUCAAGCCGAAUGUGGUUGAGAAGGACAUCUGGCUGACUUGGAGAACUUGGACUCUGGCCUGAUUGAUGCUGAGCUGGUUCCCUGAGGUCCUGUCAGCUCUUCUGUUGAGCUCCAGCCAAUGGACAGUGAUGUGGUUGGAUUAUCCGGGAGGAAAAAGGAAAAAAAUUCAGAUGCGCCUUUUGUCAAUGCCCUCCUUGUUUUUGAGUUACUUCUAAUUCACAGGUUGUGACCUAACAACCAAAACCGUCUAUUGAAAGAAACGACUGUUGACUUUUAGUUGUUUAAAAUCUUCUUGUUCUUUAAGUGGAGACAAAUGGGAUUCAGUUGUCUUUUGUUUAUUUUUCUCCUUAAAGUGUACAUUCCAAAGUACUUUCAAUGAAGGGUUUUGUUAGUGUUGUAGUGAAGACCACACCAACCAAGACCAAGGAGUACCGAGAUAAGGCCAAGACCUUCAGAGACCUCCAAAGGUCUUGGCCUUGUCUCUGUCUCUAAAGGUCUUGGCCUUGUCUCUGUCUCUGAAGGUCUUAGCCUUGUCUCUGUCUCAGCCUCUAAAGGUCUUGCCCUUGGUGGUCUCUAAAGGUCUUGGUCUUGUCUUGGCCUCUAAAGGUCUUGGUCUUGUCUCCGUCUCAACCUCUAAAGGUAUUAACCUUGACUUGGUCUCGGGCUCUAAAGGUCUAGCCCUUAUUUGUCUCUAUAGGUCUUGACCUUGUCUCGGUCUCUAAAGGCCUCGGCCAUGUCUUGACCCUGUCUUGUUCUCGGGCUCUAAAGUUCUAGCCUUGUUGGUCUCUAAAGGACUUGACCUUGUCUCUGUCUCUAGAGUUCUUGGCCUUGUUCUGGGCUCGGCCUCUCUAGGUCCUGGACUUGCCUCUGUUUUUAUUUUUUCUUCUAAAGGUCCUGGUCUUGGUUUCAGCCUCUAAAGAUCUUGGCCUUGUCUCGGCCUCUGAUGGUCUUGACCUUGUCUUGGUCUCAGGCUCUAAAAGUCAACCCCUUUUUGGUCUUUAAAGAUCUCCACCUUGUCUUGGUCUCUAAAGGCCUUGGCCUUGCUUUGUCUUGGCCUCUUUAGGUCUUGGCCUUGUCUCUGUUUUUUUUCCCUUUAACGGUCUUAGUUUCGGCCUCUAAAGGUCUUGGCCUUGUCUCAGCCUUGGCCUCUAAAGAUGUAGACCUUUUUGAUCUCUUAAGGUCAUGACCUAGUCUCAAUCUCUAAAGGUCUUGGCCUUGUCAUGGUGUCGGCCUCUUUAGGUCUUGGUCUUGUCUCUGUACUCCUUGGUCUUGGUUUCUGUGGUCUUAACUUCAACACAGGUUGACACAGAAUUAGGUAUUAAAGUGUACUUUGAAAGAAAAACAAAGAAAUAAAGCUAUAUCAAAGCUCUUUAUGUGUUGAUGCCCAUUUUAU